CUGAAAAGCAUCUACUGCUUGGAAAAGCACUAAGAGGCAGACAGAUCCCAACCCACCAGCAAAAUCAUGAAGCCAAGCAGCUUUCUCCUCCUCACUCUGAUGGUCUUCUUUUUGUACUCAGAUGUUGUUGUGAAAGCAACAUGGGAAGCGAAAUAUUGCAAAGGGUAUCCAAAACCAGCAUGCACCCUGGAGUACCUGGCCCACUGCGGUUCUGAUGGCAAGACCUAUGGCAACAGGUGUCUCUUCUGCAAUGCAUAUAUCAAAAGUGGAAGCAAGCUGAAACUGAAAUACUUCGGAAAAUGCAAAAAAGUUUAAGAUGCACAAGACUAUGAAACAUCUGCAAAAGAAGUCCCAUUUCUCUUUA